CCGUUGGUUACUUCAUCUUUGAUUGCUCUUGUGCCAGCGAGUCUACGCAAUGCAAGCUGUGAAACAGAAACGUAGACUCAUGAGAAAAAGGCAACUUGCAUCCAUCCGUCCAUCACAAACCAGCCACAACACGCAGUUGUGCGGUUUGUGAUGGAUCAGAGCAGUUGAUAUGUCAAGAAGGUUGCACUAGCCUUUGAAUGUCAUCAGGAACAUGUGCCAUCAUGAGCAGCGCCGACUUGAGCCCCUCUUGACCACGCACGGUCCUAUGCUGCACAGCUGGUGCAGUUUGCCUCCGCUUCGCCGGUGGAGAGAGGCGUCGAGGCAGCUCCUCCGGUGCGCCUGGCUGCUCCAAGCCAUGAGCAAGCGAUGAGCGGGUGGCUGAUCGCGAUAGAGCUUUGCAGGAUCUGAGUCCGACGUCGUCGCGCUGUCUGGCCAGUUUUGAGUCAGCAGGCCGAGUUUCAGGGAUCGAUUUGCUUCGGAGGUCGCGGGUGAUUGAAGCAAGAGCCUGGGACACGCUAACCUGUGCCACCUCUAGAGGUGAGGCUGUCUCUGUAUCCACAUCAGCUUGACACUCCAGCAGACUGUCCGAAGACAUCAACAGCUGAAACAGGUCCUGAAACGACAACUCGAUGUGUGCGAUGGAAUCACGGUCUCGAAGGAGAGUCACCUACCUGUGUUUUGGAUCUCUUCUGGAGCAUCGCUGCUGACUGUUGGGGUCUGAGACGCAUAAGCCUCAGGGCCUCGUCGAGCUGUCUCUCCCACGCCUCCUCCUCGCCCUGGUGGCCACUUACAUCACUGUGCACCAAAUUGUAGGGCAUCAGCCUGGACGGAAGACCUGGAGCAGCCUCGUUUUAGACAUGCUUUUGACAUGAGUUCUUUUCCGCGGUGGCUGGCUCGUGUCCACCCACCUGCUGGUGCUUUGGCUGCAGGCUGGCUUUUGCUAUCGGCUGCAGCGGCUGUGUCCGUCUCUCUUUUUUUCAGCUUUCUACGCAGCUUGGACGCCAGAAACUGACAGUAAAUGUUUGGGCAAUGGGAAGCGUCUGACGUUUUGUCAUGACUUACAAUCGUCAAUGCAUCCCUCAGAAUCUCCUUCUUCCUUUCCUCCAUCUCUUCAUCCGGUUCUUGGUCCUCCGGCGGCCCCCACAAAAAAGCGUCCUCUUCCAUGUCUCCGUCCACCAAUUCCGCAACCCCCUUUCGCCCAUUGUCUUGCUCCUCAUCCGCAAAUAUACGUGAUUGCUUUAGAGCAGCGAAGGGCCCAUCUGUCAAGGCGGCUCGAAGACGGGUUAUGGGUUUGUUGCUUCUGGACGUGGCAGAAGAAGAGGAGCUCUGGCGCUCGACACCAGCUGCAGGCCCACCAUCCCCCGCCCCGCGUGUCCUUAUGGCUGGGGGGCCCGUCAGAGACUGGCAUCAACAAAUGACACCGCAGAAUGAAGCUGAGAAAGGUGUCAGUGGCAGUUGAAUACCCUUCUCUGUGCUCUGAUGUCCAGGAAGCGGCUGAGGCUGCCCAGACAAUCAGUCAUCCACAGAGACAUGACGAGCACAACAGGCGGAAACUUGUUACCUUCUACUCCUCCGACGUCUCAUUUCUCUCUCAGACGGGAUCCCGCUGCGCAGCAUCUGUUUUUGCACGAGUGCUUUGAAGUUCUGGAUGCAAGCUCUGUUGCACAGCGACACGCAUAUUAAUGCAGAUACUGGUGUCCACGUGUAAGUGUCGUCAGCGGUACCUCAAUGAAGAGAGGACGGUCGGCGUCCCAGUUGGUUUGUUCUUUGUCGAUAGCUCGGCUAGUCUGCCGAUGAGGGCGCUCUGGUGUCUUCCGAUCUGUUUGUUUCGAAAGUCAAGAUCUAUGUCCACAUCCAUACCGCCUCGUCUGUGAGGUGGAGUUGGACACAACAAAUUCGAUACAACACGUACGUCUGACUAGAAUAAGAGCCGCUCCAUACGAACCUGCGUGCGUAGGGGUUGCGCGUCUGCGGUGACUCAUCCUGUCCCUUUCGGCGGCUCCCGCUUUGUUUCAUUGCCAGCUCUGGCCGCCGAACACGUGCCGACGGGAGAUUUCCAGUAAAAGUGUAGGUACUGCGUGAACGCACAUAGUGGGAGAUCCCCAACCAACCAACCCUCCGCCCUGCGCCCAUCCUGUCACCUCGGCCAAAAGUAUAGAUGCAGUUCGGCGAGGUCGCUGUGCGGCAUGUAACGGAUACUCUGAGAGGCACGCACUAGGCUUUCCAGUUAGCACAUAUUGUCACACUUUCUCUCACCGACUCAACCUCCUUCCAGCGCUGCUGCAGAUUGGCAAGCUCAAGCUCGACGCCCUAACGUUGCGAAAGGAGAAGUGAUCCUGGGCGGUCUCCCCUUUUUCAGGUAAGCUCACCCGUUUUGCCAGCUCCUCUGCCCUCCGCUCCCUUUCUCUCUGUUCGGCAGUCUUCCGCUUCUUUCCAAGACGAGAAUGGGAGCUCGCGGGACGCGAAGAGGACUCGUGGGAGGAUCUCUCAGGCACAGCUCCUUCGGGUAUUCGCAACGUCACUGCUGGAGUUCCUUGGACGCCCUGAACAGAUGGAACAACGAAUAGAUGGUCCUUUGAUCAAUAGCGGAUGCCCUUCAUGUUCGGUACAGCUUUCGCGUAUGACGCUCGGCGCUGCGUGAUCGAUGAACGGCGGGGCAUCGGAAACGGCUGUCUCUCAGUUUCAUCACUUCCACCGUAGUACAUCAGAACAUCAGAGAACUGGAGGCGUACACAAAUUGAGACAAGCAUCUGAAAUGGGCAGGUACUUUUAGACCUCACCUCUCUCAAAGAUAUCGCCCUUGUUGUGGAGGCAGAGAAAGCACACGAAGACAGACUUUCCAU